CAUUCCAAUCUGCAUCAAGACUCUUCUUCUUCUCCAUUGGCGACGAAACCAAGGGAGUUCAUCGAUCAAGCUGCGUGAGACGUCGCCGGGAAAGAGGACUUCGCCGGAGCUUCCGCCGGAAUCUAGGUGGGGAUUAUUUGUGUUUUCUUCAGCAAUUCCAUUGAGGUGGGGAUCAAGGAUUUGAUGAGUAGCAGCCUGGAGGACAGUGAAGCGUGAUGCUGGUGGAUGACCGAAGCUGUUUAUUUAAAUUAAAUAUUGAAACAACCUCGGAAUCUCCUACUACAUCUAUUGUGAUUCAAAACUACAAAUGUUGCUAAGGGACUUUCAAUCAAAGAAAGAAUGUUGUUGACUAAUGACAUACAAUCGAGAUUUGUGAAUAAACGAAAUAAUGUACAAAUAUGUCUAGAGCAAAAUACAUUCGCGAAGAUCACGAAGAAGGAUUAUGGAUAGAUGGUGGAAAGAAAAAGUUAAAAUAAUGCUUUAGGUAUGGCGGACCAACGGAAGAAGAAAAAGGUUAGAGGUGCGGGGAAGUGCGAGAAGCUUUAUAAGAGGAAGAGGGAAGGUCACCCGCCUAUAGAGCUUGAGUGGGAGCGUGGGGAGCCUAUACGUGGUCCGUAUAUUUCGGAAUUUACUGGGCUUGUAGGGUUUGAGGUCCGAUCGAGAGUGCCGAUUACUUAUCAUCAAUGGCGUGAUGUCCCAAAAGACCUGAAGGCCACAGUACUAGACGGGGUUCGGGAAAUAUAUGUGAUACCUCCUGGUGGGGCCCGACAUGUUAUGACAGUUGCUGGGGCUAGACUUCACGCUUUCCGGACAUAUUUACGAAAAGCCUAUUUGACGGAAGGUGGGGAUCAUUACGACAAUUAUCCCCCUGAUGAUUAUACCUUCAUAGAGCGAGAGCAUUGGGAGGAGUUUCUGAUCCAGAUGGGGACUCCGGAAGCUAAGGCUUUGAGCGAUAAGAAUAGGGAUAUACAGAAGAAGAAUUCCUAUCCGCAUUUUAUGGGCCGAGGUGGAUAUGCCAUGCUUUUGCGUGAGUUGGCAGUUGGUUCUCAGGCCAACACUAGUCACACCCCGGGGAGGCAGGCAAAAGUUACGGACCCUGCACUGAUGGAGAUUCGUGAUAGGAUAGUUCAGCUAAAGAAAGAGGUCGCAGCCGGUACCUUUGUUCCAAAUGGGCACAAUGAUGUACUGACUAGAGCUUUAGGGUCUGCCGAGCACCCAGGACGGACGAGGGGUGUUGGGUCAUAUUCGGGCUUACGUAAAGUUUUUAAUGGCAACAUGAAGCCUCGUAAGCCCGAAGGUAACUAUUUGACUGAGGAUGAUCUUUUGCAGCGUCUUCCUUCCCUUCUGCAGCAGUAUGGACUAUCUGUGUCCGGGAGUGCUCCAGAAGGGGCAUCCAUGUCGCAGCACACACCGUCUGUACCACCUCAUUAUGAGCUUCAGCGUAGUAGCAAGGCGUCUACAGAUUUUGUUGACGUCGCCGGUGUCACUGAGGUUUCUCCUUGUUACUUGAGGAUCUCUGAUCCAUCAGAUUACAUAGUGGCACAUGGAUCGGGGAGGCCUUUGUGUAGAUUUUGCAACAAAAACAGCUGGUUAGCACUGCUGUUUUGGUUGGGUAAACCUGAUUUUGAACCAAAAUUGAGUGGGAAGUUUAACAUCGAGCUCGGAAACUUGUGGGAUGUAUUAUGGGCUGAUUUUGUUUGUGGUGGCCUACCAUUUGAUGGAGCAGCUGUUUUGGUUCGUGGUGGUCUCCUAUGUGCUGAAAUGAACCUUGUUUUGGACUCUUUGAGAGUUUGCAAGCUGCCUUGUGGAUGCCGUGGACAGGUUUGUGUUGCUUUGUGGCCUGCCAUUUGAUGUGGACAGCAUAUAACAUUGAUGUACCGUUCUGAGUAUGGGUAAUAAUAAUUUACAUUUUACCCU